CGUAACGGACGUCAUCCUCCACAAAACGACAAAAUUUCAGCUGCCAGAAAAAGCGACAGAGGAAGUUAUAAAAACUAUCCACAUUUUUCAUUUUAUAAUAUUCCUCUUUUUCUCUACGAUUUUGCUCUGAAUUUUCGUGCCGAUCACGAAUUCCGGGGGUUCGUCCCCCGUGUUCUUGAUCCAGCUAGUGCAAUGAGGACUGGUUCAUCUUCUCUAAAUCCUAAUGCGGCAGCUUAUGUGCCCCUCUUCAAAAGAGGGGUUUCAAGUGCAAACAGUGAGUUGAACAAUGGAAAUGAGUUCGUUUGGUCAGGUCAACAGCCGAACACUUUAUUGCCUCAAUCUCAAACCCAUGGCCCGCAUGUUUAUGCUAUCCAAACUGGUGAAGGUUCUAAAAGGAAUGAUCAAGAUCAACUUGGUGGUGCUGAAUUCUUUGCUUCGACUUCACAAUAUCCUAAUCCUAUACAGCCAAGCUUUGAUGAAGAGUUUGACAUGGACUUGGCUUACCUUCAGAUCACCUUUCCUGGGAUAUCAUUCGAGUGUGACCUGGACUCUGCAGUAGACAUGCUACAUCAACUAGAGGUCUACCCUGAUGACUCAUUGGAUAAGCUUCCGGACACUUUGAACAUUGGUGACGUGUCGGAACCUGUGACAGUUGGCAAGCCAUCGUCAUCACUGAAAGCAAAGAAUCCUUUGGCUGACGAUGCUCGGGCUUCGUCUUCUGCUCCAUCGAGCAUCUCCCCAGCAAGCUAAUCGACUCGAUUUUGGAAUCAGCAGUUUUUUCUUAGGAUGACUUUUUAACUUUUCUUUUUCAGAAUGUUUGUGCUUCUUGUUUUCAAGAUGAGAUCUGUGUCUAUACAUUUGCUUCUUGCUGUACAGGUUGAAUCUGUUUUGUACUCUCUCCAUUGUUUUGAGUUUUUUUUGUUACAAAUUGGUGAAAUUUGAAAUGCAUAUUACUUCAUUGAGACGCACUGAUUUUUUUUUUAAUUUGG